CGACGAGCGCGUAUUUCGCUGCUGUUCCCGGGAGCGCCGCGGAUUUGACCUCAGCGGCGCCGGUGCACCUGGAGGUCACCCACGUGCGUCUGCAGCCUGGAUGCAUCAUGUCCUAGAGAGCAUGGGGGCUUCGGUGGCGCGGGCGCUCAGGAAUUUCAACCUGGAGAACCGAGCAGAGCGGGAAAUCAGCAAGGUGAAGCCGUCCGCGGCCCCGAGGCACCCGUCCACCCGGAGCGCGCUGCGGGAGCAGAUGAGCGGCCAUCCAGAAGUUAAGGGAGAAAUUGCUAACAAAAAUGAAAAACUGCUGUCAUUGCUGAAAGAUGUAUAUGUUGAUUCCAAAGAUCCUGCAUCAUCCCUGGUGGUAAGAAGUGCCGAAACACAGCAAGAGCCGAAGGAAUUCAGGUUGCCAAAGGGCCAGCACUUUGGUGUGGAUAUUAAGAACAUUCCCAAGGGCAGAGUUUCCAUCGUAGAGGCCUUGACGCUUCUCAAUAAUCAUAAACUUAAUCCCAAAACAUGGACUGCGGAGAAAAUAGCACAGGAAUACCAUUUAAAACUGGAAGAUGUGAAUGCCCUUCUCAAGUAUUUUGUUACUUUUGAAGUCAAGGACUUUACUCCUGAAAAGAAGAAAGCAAUAGAAUCAAAGUGAGGAAAAUCAUGAAAUUACUUCUGUGUAUAUCUCGCCCCCAUGUCCUGUUUAUUUCCGUUUUAGCAUCCUAAAUUAUAAAAAUUACUGAGGAUAUGAUGCCUUACUUUGAGAGAAUUCUAUUUAUUGAGCUCUGACUUCAGAUUGCUAAUAGAAAGUAUUUUAUUUUUUUAAAUCUUUUAAUUUGGUUUAGGCAUAGUACCUAUGUAAUGUCAAUGUGACUAAUCAUAGCUACACGUUUAUUGUAAAUGAAGGAAAUGUGUUAUUUUGGGCACAUGAUACCACUUUAAAUGUUAAAUGUUUUUAAAAGCCACAUAACUUUUGGUUCAAUAGAGUGCUUUUAUUAAAAAAAAAGGAAACAACUCUAAUCAGUAUAAACUUGUAUUUUAAGACGAUAAACCAUUUAAAACCAUUUUACUUGGGUCAGAGGAUUUAGCUCAGUGGUACAGCACCUCCCUGGCAACUGUUGAGAUCCUGAGUUCAAUUCCUAGUGCCCCCUGCCAAAAAAAAUUUUUUUUUGCUUUAUGUAAAGAUCAGUAGUUGAAUUACCAGCACUGCUGUUUCUGAGUGAUCUACAUUCUGUGGUUAGGCAACUGUAAGUAUGGCUUCUAUUGCAUGGUGUCACGUAAUAAAGUACUGCUGUGUCACUCUUUAGCUUAAUGUACCGCUUUUUAGUUUCAUUUAUGUUGCUGUAUUAUAAACAGGAGA